GCUACUGUAGGCAUUACCGUGCACAGAAUGUGAAGUUCACCUGUGACCUGCGGCAACGUGAAUUGACUUGGAAGUGUCGGCUGAACCUGUGAAACAACCACAAAAUGUGAUCAGAAGUUUCCAGCAGAGCUCACUACAUCGCAGGAGGACUUAAAAACACUGGCAGACACCAGGGUUGCAAGGAUGCCACAGAGCAGGGUGAACAGCGCCCCCUGUCUGUACACCGCUCAUACGAGCGAGGAGGGUUCUGAAAUGCCUGAGAACUCGGAGGGUCUGACCUUUGACCUCUUUAACACGGUCACCACCUUAAGAAAUCUGAUGGCUUUCUUGGAACCUCUCAACAUUUCAUUCCGAUUGGUCAAGAACCUCCUGGGGUGGAAGAUUUGUUCCCUUCUCUGCGGUGUUCUCCUAAACAUUCUCUUUCUCACUCUCAGUGAAGAGGCCUGGCUCCUCCUGGGCCUGCUCUGCGUCUUUGCCCUGGCCAUCCUGGGCUACCUGAAGCAGAGCCCCAGAAGGACAGCGACUAGCCUGGCCCUUCGGAGGCAGAGGCCCAGCAGCGAGUCGAUGGAGGACCAGCAGGCGCUGGCUCUGGAGAUGAAAGCCUUGUUGCGGGAGCUGGAUGAGAUGCUGUCCCCGGCCUGCCUCUCGGCUGAGUCAGCCCACAGCCUGCUGUGCUGGGGGAGCUAUAGUGACUCUGCACUGUUUUAUGGGGCCCUCCUGGCAGUGCUGUACCUGCUGUAUACGGCACCAGGGAGCUACACUCUGGUUGUGACCAACAGCGCCCUCUUCCUGUGGAAGGGUGAACUGCACCGAGUGGUCAGAAACAUGAUCUUUUGGCGGAGGUCACCAGAGGCCACUGAAGGACACCGGGAGCACCGGGAGAAGACCGCCUUCCCUGGCAAUGCGAACAUCUCCUGGGAGGACCUGGAUGAGACUGAUGACCUGGACGCUGAGUAUGACUUUAAAGAUGCAAUCGAGGACGAUGACGAUGAUGAAGACUACGGUAUGCCCCUAAUCAUCAGACGUGGAGCGCUAGUAGGUGAAAUUCCAAACCUUCACCAGAAGGGGCAGAAGAGAGCCAGGAGACGCAGACUCCAUUCCAGCAGCAACUCUGGUGAGUACUGCUCUGUGAAACACAACCUCGUUCCACAGACGAACGCUGACGAGUGUUGUCACGGUAACCUUCUAUAA